AUGACUGAAGCAGAGCUGUACAUGGUAUACAAGGGAGUGUUCAUCCCAAAACUUUAUCAGCGUCUGGAGAGUUUGAAAUACUACGAGGAGUUCACUUUUCGUCCGGAUGAUAUCCUUAUUGUUACCUAUCCAAAAUCAGGCACCACAUGGAUGCAGGAGAUUGUUCCCGUGAUCCAGAGCGAAGGGGACUUCACCCCAAUAGACACCAUCCCAAACUGGGAUCGGGUACCAUGGCUGGAAAACGCUGGGAGCAGGGCAAACAUCCUAAAGCUGGAGCAGAGGCCAUCUCCACGCAUCUUUGCCACGCACUUCCACUAUAAUAUGAUGCCAGAGUCCUACUUCAAGGUCAAACCAAGAGUUUUGUAUGUCUUUCGAAACCCAAAAGAUGUCUUCACGUCAUCAUACCACUUCCAUGGAAUGGUUUCCUACCUGGUGAACCCGGGAACCGUGGAUGAGUUCUUACAGAAGUUCAUUGAUGGGAAAAUAAUGUUUGGCUCUUGGUUUGACCAUGCCAAGGGAUGGAUCAGCGCCAAGGAGUCGGAUACCAUCUGUUAUAUGUUUUAUGAGGAUAUGAUAAGAGAUCUCCAGGGGUCUAUCAGUAAGCUUGCCUCCUUUCUGGGUAAAACUUUGAGCCAGGACAUUGUGGCCAAGAUAGCCGAUCGUUGCGUCUUCAAAAACAUGAAACAGAACAAAAUGUCCAACUACUCCAUGGUGCCCACCAAUUUCUUUGACCAACAGAAGUCAGAGUUUUUAAGGAAAGGCACUUCGGGUGAUUGGGUGAACAUGAUGAGUCCCGCCCAGUCGGAUCAUUUUGAUGCUGCAUAUAAGGAGAAAAUGAUAAACACCAAUUUCAAAUUUCAUUGGGACAGCUUUUGUCAAGUUCAUGCACAGUAAAUAUUCUGUGUUAUUUUGACACUAUGUGUGGAGGUACUAACACCAUGAGUGUAAAUUUGACCAUAGAGUAUUGAAUUAAAGGGGCAAUAUGUAAGAUUAAAAGUUAAAUUAAUCACUGUCCCGAGUCAGCCAAUGCUUAUUUGAGUCAAUAGUGAGUGAAUGAUGACUCUCGCAACCUCUUUCAAGGUCCGAUGUCAGAGAACCCCUAAUUUAACUUUUGACAGAAUGUCCCGAAUGAGUAUCAUGGGAAACUCUUCUCACACGAUAAAAGUGCUUUACAUAACGCCGGAUUUGUUGGCAUUCUGUGAUUACAAACAUUCAGCGAACUUAGUUAAACAGCAUUUUUUUCAUGACGGUGUAGAUGUUAAGACAGGCAUGCCAUGGGCACCACGCUAACUACGUAAUCCUACAUUGUGCCCCUUUAACAAUGCACAAUUUACAGUGUGAUUGACCUUUGUGAGACUUCCACAAGAAUCUCAUCCCUUGAAUGACGUGUGCCAGAUCUUUUUAGGUUUUGUAAAUGUCUUACGUAAGAGGACAGUGUGGUUGAAUGAUGUAACUCCAUAACUAUUUAAUAAAUCCACGUCCUUUUAAAUACAAUGAUCAUCCAAUAGCAAUUAUUAAUGCUGUUUCCUUUAAUAGCAAAAACAUAGGGCUUUGUCAUUGGUGCUGAACGUCUUUUGGACCAAAAUGAAUUGUUCUUGUGAUUGACAUUUUAAAACACAAUAGUACCACACUCACUGUAACCAUCUUGAAACAAAUGCAAAUGUGAAAAUGUGAAACAAAAAAUGUAAAACACAACUGCAUUGCCUUUGGUGAUAAAUAUCUACAUCUAUUUAAAUGAAUGGCUCUUGUUGAGUGUGGGAAUUUGCAUACUGUAUCA